CUAAAAUGCCGUUUUGAUUCAUUAUUUUUUUCCGGAAGCCAUUCGCAGAAGAAAUUGGUUUCAUUUUAGUUUUGCAUUUUCAGGGAAAUUGCACGCCUUUGAACACAUACAUAAUACAGUGAUUCAAGUGAGAAGAUGUGGAGAAUACUAGUGCCUGUUGUGCUGGUUUUGGCUACUGUCACUUCAUUUGUAGGAGCUGCUUGCAGUAAUGACACUUUCACAAACAAGACAGAAUCGUGGCAAAUCACAAAAUUUCCUGAUGUCAACGGCACGUGUACAUGGACUAUCAACGCAAACAGCUCACAGACUUUGUUAAACUUCGAAGGCUUGACUUUGGAUUUCAAUAUCAUCAAACUAGCAAUCUAUGGACAAGCCACCAUAAAUGACACCAACAAACAAUUAAUCAUUGACAUUACCAACAACACAGGAACAGCCAGUGUGGUAUCGACUUACAAUGUGACCUUGGUGGUUUUGACUAGCAUAUCUGGUACCAUGACUGGAAACAUAACUGUGGACUACAACGCUGCCAAUUGCAGCUAUGCUCUACCUGGUUUCAAGGGACUUGUGAAAUCACCCCUGUACGGAAACCAGACCACAAACAAAACAUUUAUGUGUGAUUACAAGGUCACCAAGCCCAAUGAUGGCGACCUGUUUGUUCUAUCGUUUACAUCGUUCAAUCUGACGAAUGGAUCAAACUUGACAGUCUCAUUUGGCGUUCUUGCCCCUGAAACCUUUAAGGGUUCAAGUCUUCCCUCAGACCAGUUGGGAGAAACAGAACAGAACACUUUCAAUCUGACACUUAUAGUGAAUGCGUCUGCCCCUGGACAGAACUUCGCUCUGCUGUAUCAGACUGCUUCAGGAAAAUGCAGCGGAAAGCGCGGUGCCAGUACAACAAACAAAACCCUGGCUUUCCCGGCCUCUACAAUGUACCCAACCCUCUGUUAUGCCCAACUAACUGCGCCUGAGAAAAACCAACUCUAUGUGCAGAAUGUUGGUGGGGACGCACAGCUGGCUGGAACUGAUAGUGUUGUGUUCUAUGAUGGUCUGUCAAAACAGUCCCCUAUGCUGGGUAGUCUCAGUUCAGGAGUGAAUGUGUUCACCACCAGCUCAGGUGCAAUGACCGUUGUAGCUGAUCUCGGCAUCCAGACAGGCAGGCAAAGGUCCAUCUCUUACAAAGCUGACAGUGUGAGUAAAGUGGUUACCUUGGUGAAAGGAAUAACUCAGAGCAUCAGUGUGCCCAAGGCUGCACAAGCUCUCCUCCAGUUCAAUGGGAAUGGAGCCAUGGUGCGUGUUGAAGUGACUGGUACCCUGUCCACAUCAUCUUUUGUACAAGUACAGACCAGCAAGGGGGUACCAGUCUACAACAUGAAGUCAGGAAUGGCAAUGUUUCCAGUAGGAGUUGCAGACAAAACAGCGAGAGUUGUGAUCAGUCUGUUUAAAGAUGACAAUGUAACAGUGAAGGCCACUGCUGUUGACAAUGAUUGCAACAGUGUGCUCAAUGCCACAACGGGACAGAUUUCAGUAACAGCCGUACCAGUUGGAAACAAAACCAGCUGUGUCACAGGAAUAAUUUCGGCUGGCACAAUCCAGAUGUCCUUGACCCCUGACCUUUGUUCCACUGGAAAGCUACUGGUUUAUGAGGGAAUGAACAGUAAUGGAAAAGUACUGGCCACUCUUGAUGGUAGCAAGGCUUACACAAAUGUUCCACAGAUUUGGGGAAAUGGUGGAUUUAGGAUGGAGUACUCUGAUUCUGCAGCUUGUACCAAGAACAUUGUCAAAGCAACGUACAUGACAAUCAAUCCAGACACAGUCUGUAAUGUAAACACCAAAGAAUUUAGGACCCCUAACUUCCCAAAUCAAUACCCUCUCAAUGCCAACUGCCAAUGGAAAAUGGCCCCUAAGAACAACACCAUGGUCUUGAUCUCUUUCAACUCAACCGUCCAACUAGCUGGUAAACACAGCAUAAUGGUCAAGAACUCCACAGGACAGAUUGCUAACUUCAGCUCAACCUCUGCCUCACUCCCGAUGGACAUUUUAGCUAAUAACGCGAUUGGAUCUAAUAACACUGUGCUCUUUUCAUCUACACCAAAUGGGGCUGGACUUGAUUCUGUAGCCAAUGGUGCUAAACUUACUGUGAUGGCUGUUGAUUGUGGAGGAUAUAUGAACAUUUCAACAGGAAGUGUGGAGGUGUCUGCUGGGAAAACUCCUGUCAAGGAGUGCAUCUGGAUCAUCCAGGUGCCUGCAGGAAACAACACUAAUCCCAAUGUUAUAAACACAACUAUCUCCUUGACUGGGAAUAAUAAAAGUGGGAGGAUUGAGCUCCACAAUGGAGGAUCGAUUCGUGAUGCCGAGUUCAACAGGACACUCGCUAACUUUACGAGGACCAAUUUCCUGGUGGUGCACUAUGUCAACUCAAGUGCGAACAGCACUUCUCUGCUGUUCAAACUUUCAUUCAAGACUAUCACUUGUAAUGAGACGUGCAAGAAUGGUGUAUGCCUGCAGCCAGGUUGGAGAUGUAACCAGCGAAACGACUGCGGAGACUGGACUGACGAGAUCAAUUGUCCGUACGUGCCACCAAAGCCAACCCCAGCGCCACCAACACCCACACCUAAACCCAGAACAGACGAGAAGAAAGGAGCAUCGGGCGGAUGGCUGUUCUUCUGCAUAGUGAUUGGAAUCGUGGUGGGAAUCAUCUUGACCGUGGCGGUGCCUCGUAUCAUCCGGCGUGUGCGUGGACGAGGAUCAGGUGCGAGACGGGGGUAUGAUUCUAUGGCUGAGGAUGCCUAAGAACAGAACAAUUCUGCGAUGGACACAUAACUUAAGGGAAAUAUUCAUUAUGUUAAACUAGGUAUAUAGUCAAAGAAACAUAAAUCACUCCGUUAAUAGUUAAUUACUGCACUAGAUUAAUGGGGAUUAUAUUCAUUUUUGCAUAUAUUCAUAUUACACUUUUGGUCAUUUGGUGAAUUUUGAUUACUGGAUUGGAUACUUAGUCUAGUGAAGGCCAUGGUCAUUUGGUGAAUUUUGAUUCCUGGAUUGGAUACUUAGUCUAGCGAAGGUCAUGGUCAUUUGGUGAAUUUAAUUACUGUAUUGGAUACUUAGUCUAGCGAAGGUCAUGGUCAUUUGGUGAAUUUAAUUACUGUAUUGGAUAUUUAGUCUAGUGAAGGCCAUGGUCAUUUGGUGAAUUACACUGACUACAUUGACUUGUUACUCCAUGGGAGAUCAUUUUAAUUUUGAUUACUGCAUAUUUAAUGUAGUUUAUUAGGCCCUUCCAAAUUGAUUCUGUGUUUAGCGUAGGUUGUGGUAGGUUUUGGGCCAAUGACCCAACAGAUUUCAAAAAUCUAAAUAUAGCAAUGAAAAUUUAAUUUGAAAAGCCAAUAUAAUGAUAAAAGAUUUUUUUAAGUAUAUUAUAAAGAAGUUUUUUAACUUGCAAGUGUAUAGUUUUGACUGAAAGUUUGACAUCGCCAGGUAGCUUUACUGACCCGAUGCUUUAUUUAUCCCGAUGAAGAAAUAACUCAUUUGUAGCCUUGAAAAACUGCAUUGAAUGGCUUAGUGUAGGAUUUUUUCUUUUUGUCAACUUGAUUUACCUUGUUGGAUAGCUCAUAGUAAAUUGUUUGUUUUCAUAUCAGGUAAAUAGUGGGGGUUUCAUGUUGAGUUUUCAUCAUGGGAUAAAUACUCCCUGCUUUAUUGAGUUCUAAUGUAAUAGAGUACCUAGGUUUGCAGACGAUGGUCAAUAAGUUACGCUGCAGAAACAUCAUUUUGUCAUGACUCCUCUCUUUUACAUUUAUUACAUUCAAACCAAUUAUGUAGAAAAGCUUUAUGGAAUUCAUUGAAUUCAUUAGGUCGGUAAUGUCCGCAUAUAUAGAGACCUAUAGUGGACGUUCUUGUCAAAGAGGGGAAAUAAUGUCAUUGCAUUACUUGAAUAGGUUGUCAUAAAUGUUUCACUUUUCACUGAGAUUUGAACUUUACUGCUGUAAAGUUUGGUUGUAGAAAUCUACAUAUGUUUAGAUCUAAAAGAUUGUUUUACCAGUUUGUAUAAUAAUGAUACUGAUGAUUGUUGUUAAUGUCACUAUAUUUUUUUUGAGAAACAAAAAAAAUGUGAAAUGCCUUUUAGGCCAGUUCUGGUGUAUAUACAAUAACAAAAAGAUAUAAAUAAAUCACAUAAAUGUGUUUUUAAGUGUGAUUUUUUGCAUUGAUACAUACAUUUGAAUAUCAACAAGCAGAAAUUGUUCCUAUGGUAAAUAUGAUGUAAGUCAAAAAUAUGCCUCAACGUCAUAGAUUCCUGUGACGAAAAAUAGAAUAACAUUGCUCAUAGUGUGAUGUGUUUUUAUGGUCAAGGGAAAUUUCAAUAAAAUGCCCAAAACUUGUGAUUCAUAUUACUAUCACAACCAUUCCUGCUUUUAAGUUUGAAAAAUAUGUGUGUUUUAUGUGUAUUUUUACAGUACUUGAUUGAUAAAACACAUAAAUUGUUUUGUGCAAUUCUUUUCUUUUCUGUUGUAUAAAAAUGUGCUUUAUUAAUAAUAUGCUUGUACAGCAAUUGGAUUUAUGACUAACAAGUAGUUGGGAGUGAAUGAUAAAUUUAUACAGGCAUUAAGUGAUUUGGGCUUGGAAAAUAAUUUUAAAAAAUCUGUUUUCAAAACAAAACAACAAUCAGUUUGUAAUCGCCUGCUUUACUUCCUUUUAGCUAUCUUUAAACAUUAAAGUCUCACUAAGAUAAAUAUCAGAAAAAAGUAACUAUGCGUGUAUAACAAUGAAUGUUGAAUAACAGAAAUGGAAAAUUUUAAUGAUUCAAAAGAUUUGAUCCUAAAAACGCCUCAAUAUCAGAGUUGCACUGAAGCUUGUCAAAUAUUAAGGUGUGCAACAUGUAAGAACCGAAUGUCUUUGAUGAAACAUUAUCUAGACAUAAACUUAAGAUCUUAGAUCAAUUUUGAUGUAGACUUAAGAUCUAAGAUCAAUUUUGAUGUAGACUUAAGAUCUAAGAUCAAUUUGGAAAUACUUCUUAUCUUAAAUCACGCACAGUUACUUUGUGGGGGCUAGUAUACCAUUGGUAAGAAUAUCUUGAUUGGUUUGUAAUUGCAUCAAUAAUUGUUGUUUUUUAAGGUGGCAUUUUUUUCCUUUACAAAAAAGGGUAAAUAGAUUUUUAGAAUUGCCAAUGAGAUAAAAUUUGUCCGUUUGUUUUUGUUAUACUCUAAAUAUAUAGAAAUAGUUUUCCUCUCGGACCAAAUGAAGCACCUGUUUCUAUGCCUUUCAAGAUUUUGUGCAUGAAGCUGAUAAGUCUUGUAUGAAUAUAUCUCAGGCUUUAUUUGCGGUUUUGCUUAUUUGAUAAUAUCAUGCAUAAUUAGUACAGUCUUUUUCCUCUCUUUUGUUUGUUAUGAAAGGCACAUUUGGGGAAAUAAAGAUCUUUUGAGCUGGUAUGAAUCUCUCUGAUAGUCAGUGGUUAAGUUUGUUAGGUUUUUUUUUGUUAGGAUUUUAUGUUCACUAUUUGUAUGCUUUCGUUUAAAGCUGCAUUCUCACAAAUUGACCGUUUUACUUCUCUUUUUUUUGGAAUGAACCAAUUUUUGCGUAAAUGUUUGGAAACCAGUGAUACAAGACUGCUGACAAAAGAUUAGGUCGCAAUUUUUCAUAUUUACGUUUGAAAAUUGAUAUUUUAUGGCUAAAAGUUACACUUUUAGAAAAAAUAAAUUUUCGACAGUUCCCCAAACAAUUGAGAUCUGUUUUAUUGUGAAUUAUCUUAUAUACUUGAAUUCCAGGCAUUGAUACCAAAAUCAGCCGAUUCAGAGACAAAAAAUUAUACCAAAACUGUCAGCGUGUGAGGAUGUAGCUUUAAGUAACAAAAAGCUAUGUAAUAGCUAUGUUAUACUCACAUUUUAUGCAUGGAUGGUAACAUGUCAGACUCCUGAAGAGGGGGACAAAAGCUUCGUCAAUUAUUUGAGCUAUUAAGAUAUUCAGAGCUUGUUUUAUCUACUUGUUGAUAAGCUCAAUUUUAUGUUAACCGUAUUUUUUAACCUUUUUUAUGUUAUUUUUGCACUCUGUUUAACACCUGUAUAAUUAUAUUUGGAUUUUGGUGCACCAGUAUUCUACACAAAACAUGAAGUGCUAAGUUGAGCUAAUUGUUGUCUUUAUUAACUUAAAGUCAAUGAUUAUACAAUGCACAUUUUUUUCUGUUAACUGCAAUCAUGUAAGAUUCUCAGGGCUAUUCGGUUUAAACAUAUAACCCCCGGGGUGAAGGCACUUUUAAAAUGUACCACCCCCCUAUAGAAGCAAAUUUACCCUUUCAGGAUGCAAAUUAGCAAAAAAAGACACCCACCCAUAUACAACCGGUAUUUAAAUAAUUGCCUUCCCCUCGUUGGUUGUAUCUUUUACUGGAAUAGCCCUCAGCAGUUUCGCUUCAAAUAAUGUUACAUGUAUGGACACUUUUUCAUCAAAACUGAUAUUUUUUGUCUUUUUAACAAAAAAAAUGUACUGUUAUAAAGUUAAUUUGUUUGUUACUAGUUUUGAAUAUAAAUAAUAAUGAAAACAAUGAUUAUAGGAAACUAUUUGCAUUGAUUAAAGUUUUGUAUUUGAAUUAUGGUAUGAGCGGCACAAAAAGUGUUUAGCUCAAUUUUGUUGUUGUCAUUUAGUACAUUAAAUGUUCAAUUUGUUUAUUUGUUGAAGGAUUGAUCUUUAUAUAACACGUGUCCAUGAAGUAUGAAUACUCUGGCACAUUAGCUUGCAAAUUUGACAAAGAAUAGAAAUACACAGUAUCAUAACAUGAGGUUGAAGCAGGAUUGUUUAUAAAUGUAAUAGUAUGUACAUGUAAAUGUAUUAAAAACUUUUUAUGUUGAUACAAUUUUUUUUAUUAUACUUUAUAUUUAUACAAAAGUGCUAAGUGUCAAGAUGAUGGGCUGUAUAACACACAUUACAUAACAUUCCCAGAAGUGAAUACAAGUUUUACCGGACUGUUAAGUUGUAGAAUUUGUUCAAGGGUUUGAUAUUUGUAUGGUUGUACUUUGUAGAUUUUUUUAAGGAUUUUCUAUGACACAGACCUUAUCAUAUUCUGCAGUUUUCUCCAUGCUAAUCUUAGUUUCCAAUUUUCCCUGAAAAGGAUUUUUAGGUAUCAUUACCGGUAUUAAACAUUUAUGUAUUUGACUUAAAAUUCAUUUCGCUUGAUAACGUGAUAUAAGCCGACCACAAUGAUGUAUAUUGAACGAAUUGACCUUUUCUUUUUUGUAUCAUUUUCUACUUUUAAAUAAAAAAAUCAAAAAAUCAUUUAAGUAAGAUGUGAAUUUAUAAUCAUGAUCUGUUUCUGAAUCUCUUGUUAAACCACAAGUUAUAAUUGUUAGUUUGUUUUUCAAUGCAUUGUUUUCAACUUGAAGUCAUGGUUUGUUUGUGUGUUCAUUUUCGCAUUCCAAUUUUAACCAGCUUUGUAUUGUUCAUGUGAGAAUCUUUUUCUGAAUAAAGUUCAUCAAUAGUU